UUAAACGUAAUGCUCAAAUAAUUAUGCUCCUCAACAAAUUUAAUAAUCACAUCAACCAACCUAUAAUUGCAAAAUAAAAAAGUACACAAAGCAUGAAUGUUUUGCAGCCUGUCAUUGCUCAUAAAAUUACCCUUUGCUGGGUUACUCUGCUGUGUUUAAACUUUUUCGAGUGUUCCUCAUCCGAAAGCAGAGACCAGUUCCAGGUAGAACCUCAUAGUGCCGAAUGGGAGUCACUCAUCUUCUGGAUAUCGAAUGCUUUCAGCAUCUUCGGAAUGGCAUGCAGACAGCACAGCGAUUACUACUGUCUAGAUGCAUAUCACACUCAAAAUCCCUACAACAGCAGCCAGAGUAGAGACCUACCCCCGGCUCUGGAGCCGAUGGCCGCCCACACCUGGUUCCACAUUCUAAUUGAGCCCAAAUGGAUCGCAAUUAACAUGAUUGACUACUACGACACAGGUGCGUGCUGUGCAGACCAGGUGAAGAAGUACCUGAUCUAUGGACUGCACAACAAAGAGUGGAAUCCGGACGAAUACAUGGACAAAUUAGCCAACUACGAGGAUGAGAACCGCACCCUUAAUUACAUAUCCGCAACUUAUUUCGCGCCUGUCUGCCAGAAUAUAAUUCUGGAGAUCGGGUUUGGACCUGGGAACCUGAAACGAAGCCACCACAUAACAGUGAAGGAGGGAGAACCCUAUCUGUUGGCUGGAAUGGAAAUGGGCGGCCUAGGAAUUGCCCACGUAGAAUCAAAGUCAUUCAGUUAUUCAAACAUUACACAAGAGUUGACUUUCCAUUGGUUCAAACAUAACAUCAUGUGCAGGGAUAACCCCUGGAUAUGCGAGGAGGAGAAAGAAACGUCCAACAAAGGAAACAAAGGAAAAGAGUGCCACGAGGAGAAGGGAGGUGCGGGGGGCAGUUCCGGCGCCAGUGGAAGUGGAUCUAAAUCGAACACGAACAGUGGGAAGAAAAAUCACAACAGAGGCAACAAGAAAAGUCAGCGCAAAAAAACGACAGGAUGAAAUUGAAUGGCAUGAGUCUCAAACGGAAACAAAAUAUUGCGAAAUUGGGCCCUUUUCUACUU